AUGAGUAAAAAGAUGAAAAGCCACGAACAAGUUGAUGUUCAAAAAAACUCUGUGAUGGCUAAGAAAAGAAAAUUUGCAGGUUGCAGCGGCUUAAACAUAAAUAAAAAGAUGAAAAGCCAUGAACAAGAUGAUGUUCAGAAAAACCAAGAGCUCCCCAUGGAUGUGGACACGUACACACCAGAAUUACCUGACCUUGUUGUCAACCAAAUCCUCCUCCUCCUCCCCACCAAGCUUGCUGUCCGGGCCAGCACUCUCUCCCGCCAAUGGCAACGCCUGUGGUCUUCGCUCCCGGUCUUGAAUUUCGAUGAGGAUCUGCAGCUCUACAAUUCUCAGUAUGGCACUGACAGGGCAAUGUUCCGGAAGUACUUGCUCAGCUGUUUGAAGCGCCGCGAGAAGGACCAAGAAGAACAUGACUUGGACACAUUCAGGCUUAGCAUGAGGUACUCUGGAGGUGCCAGUAUGAUAGAUAAGUGGCUGAGUUUUGCUGUUGAGAGAAACGUUAAAGAGUUGGAGAUCAUCCUUAUAAGAAAGCAUGGGGACAGAAGCAAACACUACUUCUUGCCGCAAACGAUCCUCAACGCACAAUCUUUAACCACUCUGAGAUUAAAUAAUGUGAAAUUAAAAGACAACCCUAUGCCUAUAAGCCUUCCUAGUUUGAAAAAUAUGGUCCUCAAGAACAUGGAUUUGGGUAACGUGGGAUUUGUCCACUUAAUUUCUGGCUGCCCUUCCCUUGAGGACUUGUCGUUAACUUCGUGUGGGUUAAGGUUAUGCAAAGUUUUGAGUUCAAGCCUCAAAUCCUUGCAAAUUGCUAAGUGCCGAAAAGUGAGAAUUGAAGUUGGAGCUGUGAAUCUUGAAUCUUUUAGAUUCUGGGGUGAUUCUUAUACUGAAAUGUACAUGCACAGCAGCCUCAAUAUCGCGUCGUGUCGAUCGUUUAGACAUCUGGAGUUUUUCGAUACAUGCUUUGGAGGCCGAUGGUUUCAAGACGACCUCAGUUCAAGAUUUCCCCUGCUUGAGAGUUUGGUGUUGUAUAGAUGCAGCAACUUUUGGUCAGAUACCAUCCACAUCAAUAAUCAGACUCUGAAACGCCUUGCGUUUCGUGGACGCAACGGUUUUACUGUGAAAGUCAAUAUCAAUACUCCAAAUCUAGCUGCUUUUGAGUUUAGUACUGGUUAUUUGCCG